GUGCCCACCGUCACCCCUCUCGCUGCCCACAGUAGGUUUACGUUUCUGACAGUGGCCCGAGCGAGCGGUGACAGCCGAGGAGGCAGUUGCGAGUGCGCCGUCGUGCCGUGCGUAUCGUGCCUGCGUGUCGUUGCUCGUCGAUCCACAUACCGCGUGGUCGGCCAACUGUCAAACCUGACCACUUAUCGGUCAGUUCUGAAUCCGACUAUCGACGAUAAUCUCGCGUUCCCGUCAAGUGUUCCCUGCAUUCGCAUGCGAUUUAUUUCAAAACGUCUUUUAAAACGUUGUCCAUCUGCGUGUGCUUCGAUGAAGUAAAAUGUGCAUUGUUUCCGGAGCGCCGAGGAUAUCGUAUCGCGUACUUCACACCGCGAUCGGCGCGUACACGUAAAACAAGUUCGAAAAGGGGAUUUAACCUGUCGAAAAAUGACCGAGCUGGCGAAGGAAGCUUUUGCCUCGCGCAAUUACCGUCUCGCUGUAGAGAUGUACGAACGCAACCUAAAACAGCAAACCCCGACGUUCGAGGUGCUCGUCGGAUACGGGGAUUCUUUGGCGAAGUGCGGUCGCAUCAGGGAAUCCAUCGGUGUUUACGCGAGGUGUUUGGCCGUGGGCUCCAUUCCGCCCGAGAGGCUGAAACACCUGGCCAACGCUCUUCUGGACGAGCUGUCCGGAGCCGCGAACACCGGUAGCUCCAGAAGGAAGAUCGAAACGUCGUUCGCGUGCCCUUUCUGCGAGGGCACCCUGUGCCAACCGGUGACCACCAACUGCGGCCACAUUUACUGCAAGAAUUGCGUGGAACCGGGCAAGAACUGUCGCGUGUGCGGGCAAAAAAUCGGCAGCGUGGGUGAGACGAACGUGCUCGUGCAGAGACUCGUGGAAAAGUGGUGGCCACGCGAGGCGGAAGCCAGCAGAGCCAGACACGAGGGUGAUAUCCUGAUGAAGGAGGGACACCUGGCUCAAGCUCUGGAGAGGUACAAUCUCGCCGUUCAUCUUGCGCCAAACAGCCCACUCCAUCUUAGCAACAGGGCUCAUGUUUUGCUCCUGUUGAAUAGGCCUCAAGCUUCCCUCACCGACGCUGAUCAUGCUGUUAGGCUACGACCGGACUGGGGAAAGGGUCAUUACAGGCGAGGAGUGGCUUUGUCAGCAUUGGGCAGGCACGAAGAAGCGUUGUUUGCCCUUUGUAUCAGUGUGGCCAUCGACAAAAAUCCCCAGUCUGUUCGACACGAGUUGAUCAAGGUGCUGUACAAAGUGCUGUCAUCCGGUCAUCGUUUAUAUAGCGUUCCAUCUCGUGCCCCUUACAAUUUAACGGAAGGUGUGUCACGCGUGAGGAGUCGUCAUCAAUUGAUGAGUCUGAAGAGAAGUCGACGGGUAGCUUUGAACGGUUCAGAUUGCGAAGAUAAUAGUAGCGGCGGUGAAGAGGAGUACACACAGACUGUUAGCAGGAGACUUCUCUCAAGCACAGUACCGCAAAACAACACGAAGCUGCAAGCUGGUUUAGAUCGUCUCUAUCAAGAUAUUGAAAAAUUGAAAAAAUUAAUUUUUGCAGGACUUGAAGCAAGGCCCGCAGAAAUUUUAUUUCCUCCUCUUUCGGGCGGUACAGCUGGAGAAUUGGAUUGUAUUUUAUGCUGUCGACUUUUAUGGAAACCCGUAACAACACCAUGUGGCCACACGUAUUGCUGGAUGUGUUUGGAUCGCUGUUUGGAUUAUUCAUCAGCUUGUCCUUUGUGCGUCACGUCUCUUGCGGAUUAUUUGGCCAGCAGCCAGAAGACGGUGACAGAGUUCGUGGAGAGAGCUUUGAAGACCGUGGCGCCCGCGGAGUAUGCCUCCAGGGCAACCAGCCACCGAUUAGAAUUGGUCCAAGGAUUAGGGCUGUUGGGCAGCGAGGAGAUCGCGGUUUUUGUUUGCACAACAGCAUUCCCUUGUGUCGCGUGUCCCUUGUUCGUUUAUGAGCCGAGAUAUAGGCUGAUGGUGAGGAGAUGUGUAGAAAGCGGGGUGAGACAGUUUGGUAUCGCCGCGUGUCUCAACAGAGAAGCCACGGGGACGAAAAGAUACGCGGAGUAUGGCACCAUGCUGGAAAUUCGGGACAGAGUUUUACUGAAAGAUGGAUGUAGUAUCCUUAGCACAGUAGGCGGUAGGAGAUUCAGGGUUCUCUCUGGGGGUGAAAGGGAUGGCUAUGACACGGCUCAAGUCGAAUUCCUGAGGGACACAAUGGUGCAGGAAGACCAACUGUUGAACCUGCUGGAGCUGCAUGACAAGGUGAGAACGAAAGGCAGAAAAUGGUGGGACACGGUGCCAUCUUCGCAGCAGACCGAAAUCCAGCGAGUAUUCGGUCGAAUGCCAGACACGGAAGAGGAUUGGCCUCGUUUGCCGGAUGGUCCAUCGUGGACGUGGUGGUUGCUGGCGAUUCUUCCUCUGGGUCCUCAGCUACAAGUGGGAAUUCUGGGCACAACGAGCCUGGAGAAGAGAUUAAGGGCAAUCGAGAAGACCCUCGAUCACAUGGAGCAAAGGCAACUGACGGUUGCCCCGGCGUCCUCGGAGCAGACAACCACCUCCUCCAGCAUCUGUCGGGACGAGGGUGGUAUAACCGACACCGCGGUUUCCAUGGUUCAACAGACUUAAUGGGAAACUGGAGAAGAACGAGGAGCACGUCCUCAUUUCAGACCAUUUUUUUCCACGCUGAAGGGAUUUCGAUUUUCACUCGAUGUACAAAGUACUUGCAGAGUAGCCUAUCGAAGAUUACUACUUUUUACUCGAUAUUUAAUAUACACGCGGGAACCAGCGGGAAUAACCCUGUAUGGGGACUUUUUGUCCGCGACGGUUUUCCAGUUUCUUUCUUAUACUUAAUCCUGUUAGUUGCGUUUUAACUCGAGUACUGUUUCUCUCUUUCUUAUUUGGUACUCGUUAAACUUACUCAGCCGAGCGCCUUAUCGACGGAACGAUGAUGUGCGAGGAUAACACGAAAAUUAAUGAUAAGCAUGAAAGUAGAAUGAUCAUUCGGUUCAUCGUAGAGAAAGAGCGGUGUGGCUAUUUUGAAAAUUGACUAAAUUACGCGGUCGCGUCUAUGAGUCCUAACUUUUAGAGUGGAACAAGAAAGUAAUAGUCUGUAGUCGACGAUGAUCGUGUAAUUAACUGUAAUUAAGUGAACUAUGAGGAUUCCUAGCUUCUUUUGGUUUUUAACAGUUUUUUAAUCAUUUUCAACUGGAUCCUUUAAUGGAUAAAUAUGAUAUUGUAUCAAGUUUAUCGGAAAGUACUGUAGAUUGAUAGAUAUUGAAAGUCUGACAUAUUGAAAAAGUCACAAUCAGGUUAUCGAAUUUGAUCAAAUUCUGAUGAAUCUAGAACAGAAAUAAGUUAAUACAGAAAGUUAAAUAAGUUAAUACAGUUAAUAAUUAGUUAUAUCAAGAUCCCACGCUGUCUGUCCUCUUCUAGACAGGACAAAAUCAAAUGCCAGAAGCAAUCAUUUACUAGUAUGUAUUAUACAUAAUUAAGUAUCGCGUAUAACGCAUUAGUGUUCCUGUGGUAGAGGAUAGAUAGUGUGGAACUAAAUCUGUUAUAGUUUAAUACUUAACUCGAAAUUAACUUGAGCUAACAAUAAGUCUGGACCCACACUUUGGAAGACUUGAUAUUUAACAUAACCUAAAAGCAGCUUGAAAGCCAUUAGUGCAUCCACAUGUUGGGAACUUAUGAUCCUAAUGUUUAACAUAACCCAAAAUUAACUUGUGAUGCAUCAGUGAGUCUGGAUCCACAUUUUAGGGGUCUCUGCUCUUAAAUAAUAUUUCAAUACUUAAACCAAAAUUAAUUUAUGCAACAGUAAGGCUUACACUUUGAGUUUUUACUUUGUUAAAUCAGGGUCCGUGCAAACCUAACCUAACCAUGAUGUAUUAAAUUCAUCAGAAUAUUUUUCCAUCAAGUUCGAAACAAGUCCUUGAGCUCCACGUUAGAUAAAACUUGAAAAGUGAAGUUAUCUAGUAAUCUAUAUACUAAAGUUAUAGUAUAAGUCCCCCAAAUGUUGUGUCAAGCUGUAUAUCAAAAAAUGACGCGCUAUUUGGCCUGUUUUGAUAUAAGUAGCAAAUUGCAAAUCUAAUAACUAAUUACCUGUCUAAACGCAGUCUUAUAUAAUUCUAUUGUAGCGAAUAAACAUUACCGGAAUCCUCUAAUCAGCCAUUUAUUUUAAACGAACGCGUUAUCAGACUUAAGUUAAACUAAUUAAGUUAAUUACCGUCAAUUUUCAAAUACACACGUUUCACAAGCGACGAUCUCGAUCAUCGAUUAGAAUACCGAUUAUACACGACCAAAAUAGGCGAUAGAGUCACAUAUCCGAGACAAGAAGAUAUCGUUUGCCUCGGUAAGGCGUUACGGCGUUCUUCGCGCUGUUGCAAUACGCAAAUCUGUUCUUCCAGAUAAUAUUAUAUAUACAUAUAUCUAUAUGUAUACACACACAUUUAUGUAUACACGUACAGGAGCAUAUUAUGCGUUGCAAUCAGAGGUACGCACGUCGUCGUCGUUACGCUUAUGUUGAUCGUACCCGACGAUACUUUUUACCUGU